AGAAAGGAAAUAAACAAGGGAGCUCAUUUGCAGGUUCUCAAUAUCGUACUCUCUGUCUUGCUUUUAGGAGCAGUAGUAUGUAAGCUUUUGGACCCUAGUCUCAGUCAGUUGAAUAAGUUUGGUUUCUAUUAACCCAGGUUAACGGUUUGUAGCAGAACUCUGGUGGCUGAGCACAUCUCAAUUUGUAGAAGUCUUCCACUUAUUGGAUGAACUGAAAGUUUCAAGAAUGGGGUUUUGUGCUUCUAACUUUGGGGCUUGCUUGUCUCCCGGUUUUGUGCUGUCUGAUGUUGGAGUACUAAGGUUUUCAGGGGGAAAUGUUCUGAAGGGGACCUCAGUUGGUAGAGUUAGUUCCUCAAAGUUAUUAGAGAAGAAGAACGGGUUUUUAUGGUGUGCUUGUCAAAGAGAUGUUCUUUGUUUUGCAAAGUCCAAAUGUCCUGUUAACUCUCAAGAUGUUAGCCCAAAUCAUAUUGAAGAGGCCCCGAAGAAGGAUAGAUCUUCUGGAUAUGUAUCUGCCAUCCAUACUAGCUACAAUGAACCCAAAAUCAAAGUUGUUGGAAUUGGCGGUAGUGGAUGUUCAAGCCUUGGAAAUAUCUCCAGUGCUCCCAGGGAACCGUUUGCAAAUUGGCAAGGAGCUAACAAGGGUCUUGGUGCUGGUGGAAAGCCAGAGGUUGGCAUGAAUGCUGCCAAUGAAAGCAGAGCAGCAAUUGAGAAAGCACUUCAUGGUGCAGACAUGGUAUUUGUCAUGGCUGGAAUGGGUGGUGGCACUGGUACUGGUGGGGCUCCUUUAAUUGCAGGCAUAGCAAAGUCAAUGGAAAUCUUGACUGUUGGUAUUGUUACAACACCAUUCUCUUUUGAGGGAAGAAAGCGGACUAUUCAAGCUCAGGAAGGAAUUGCAGCUCUUCGAGAUAAUGUAGACACACUCAUUGUUAUUCCUAAUGACAAGUUGUUGACUGCAGUCCAACAGUCCACUCCAAUAACUGAGGCAUUUAAUUUGGCUGAUGAUACACUAAGGCAAGGUGUUCGUGGUAUCUCUGAUAUAGUCAUGGUUCCAGGUCUAGUUAAUGUUGAUUUUGCUGAUGUGCGUUCUAUCAUGAAAGAUGCAGGUUCUUCUCUCAUGGGUGUAGGAACUGCAACUGGCAAGAGCAGGGCAAGAGAUGCUGCAAUGAAUGCCAUCCAGUCACCUUUGCUAGACAUUGGUAUAGAAAGAGCUAGUGGUAUUGUGUGGAAUAUAACUGGUGGAAGUGAUUUAACUUUAUUGGAGGUUAAUGAAGCAGCUGAGGUCGUUUAUGACCUUGUUGAUCCCAGUGCAAACUUAAUAUUUGGAGCAGUGAUAGAUGAAUCACUAACUGGUCAGGUCAGCAUAACUCUGAUUGCCACCGGGUUCAAGCGCCAUAGUGAUAAGGAAACCAGGCUAGCACAUGGUGAUGUUUCGCGUGGAACCACUGGAGGUCCCUCUUUCGCCAAUGGUGAUUCAUCAAAUAUCCCCGAAUUCCUAAGGAAGGAGCCCCCAUUCAAGCUACCUGAUCUGAGAUUAUUUUCUUGAACUUAGUCUUCCCUCCCUCUUGUUUUGCUUUCAUUAAGCUUACUUAAGCUUUUCUUCUUUGGUGCUGAUUUGGACAUGACUUCUUAAUAAUAAGUUGUAAAUGUA